AUGGAGAAAAACACCAAGACCGUGCUAAUUAUAGGUGCCACUAGCAAUAUAGGCGUCGCUGCCAUCCUAGACGCCCUAGGCUCGGACCGCAACUUCCUCGCCGUUGUCCGCGACCAGCACUCGAUAAAGGUGCUUGAGCAUGUUCCCACAGGCUAUGAUCGCAUUACAGUCGUCGAGUCCGACGCCGUCUCGGACCAAGGAGUGCAGAAUAUUGUUGCCAAGACAACUUGCACUGGUUCGCAAGGUGAUAUCGGAUACCUUACUCUUCCGGCCAUCUCCCAAGGCGCAUUGUUUUCCAUAUAUUACUCUGCGUACAAGGCACUGGCUGGCACGAACGUUCGUUUCAAUGAGAUUUACCUUGGUCGCAGGGUCCAGGUCGACUCGGUGGCGGAGCAAGCUGGCUCAACCAAGUCGUCAACUUUUGGCCGUGUUUGCACGAAUAUUCUAGGUAGAGCGGAUAUAAAGAGCUGCCGUGUUCGCGUUGAGAAUGAGGCCGAUGUGGACGAGCUUAAAUUGGAGCGAAAGGCGUGA